AUGGAAUUUAGUUGGCCAAGCAAAGGCAUUUUGGUUAAUCAGAGAAAGUAUGCCUUGGAGAUCGUAUCUGAGUUGGGGCUGGGAGAUGCCAAACCAUCUUGGACACCUAUUGAGAUGAAUGUGAAGUUGACUAUACCAAAGUAUGUUAGGCUAACAGGAGCUAUGAGGGUAGCAAGAUACAUAAAAAGAGAACCAGGGCUGCGAGUUAUGUUUAGCAGUGAAAGGUCUGACAUAAUUUCUGUGUUUUGUGAUGCUGACUGGGCAUCAUGCCCUAACACAAGAAGACCAGUUUUUGGGUUCUUAAUUAAGUAUGGUGAAUCAUUAGUCUCUUGCAAAUGCAAGAAGCAAAGCUCAGUCUCAAAAAGCUCAGCAGAAGCUGAGUAUAGGAGCAUGGCAAGUGUUGUCUCUGAAGUUGUUUGGUUGAUUGGCUUAUUGAAAGAUUUGGGAGAAUAUGUGAAUUGA